UAUUUGAAAUUUUCUAGAACACUUUUGAUUCACGUUGUACUUCCUGUAAAUAUGGCCCUCUUCGUUCUCUCUCGUCAAGCCGCUUCCAUUUCGCUUCAAAGCGCAUUCGCCGGUCGGUGUACAACUUUGCGGUCUGGUUUGGAUACGUCGAUUUUAAGAAAUUUGUGCAGUAAAAUGGCUCAUCCACGAGUUUUCUUCGAUAUGGCUGCUGAUAAUCAGCCUUUGGGGCGUAUCGUAAUUGAGCUCCGAUCCGACGUCGUUCCAAGAACCGCGGAGAACUUCCGCGCCCUCUGUACCGGCGAAAAGGGUUUCGGCUACAAGGGCUCCACCUUCCACCGCGUCAUCCCCAACUUCAUGUGCCAAGGUGGCGACUUCACCGCUCACAACGGCACCGGUGGCAAGUCAAUCUACGGCAACAAGUUCGAAGACGAGAACUUCACCCUGAAGCACACGGGACCCGGUAUCAUGUCGAUGGCCAACGCCGGACCUGACACCAACGGAUCACAGUUCUUCAUCACCACGGUCAAAACCUCCUGGUUAGAUAACAGGCAUGUUGUCUUCGGAGGAGUCGUUGAAGGAAUGGACGUAGUUAAGAAAAUCGAAUCUCUUGGUUCACAGUCCGGCAAGACCUCGAAGAAGAUCACUGUAGCUGAUUGCGGUCAAUUAUAAUUAUUUUAACGAUUAAAACCAGUGUAUACAAUUUUAAGUAACAGAUACACCAUUAAUAUUAUUGAUCAAAUAUUAAAUAUUAUUUUUUGUUCGUAUGUUUAAACGUAAUAAUAAUAAUAAUAUAAUUUUAAUUGAAGUCAUUCCACCUUUAGAUGUGCGGUGUAUCCGAUAACAUUUUUUGUAUCGAUUUUGUUUCAAUGUUCGCCUUUAGUUAUAGUGGCAUUGCAUUUAAAAAAAGUUUUUACUUAAAAAAAUUGCGUCGAUAAAUAAAGAUUCAUUUUAAAUUUA